GCUAAACUAUAAAAUGCAGUUGGCAAGUAUUCUUUCCGUUGUCCUGAUCCUCUGCUGCGUCAUCACGAGUGGUCAGCAACCGGACUGCCGGAAAUUGAGGGAGACCUGCGAAAAGUGCGUCCGACGACUUAAUAAUCCCAUCAAUAAUGUAGACUUUAUGAACGAUGGUUGCCGGGAGAAAUUGCGACGCACCUACGAAUGGAAGAACCAAACUCGCUGCGAUCUUCAAGUUAUAGCUUGUGGGGCUCAUGAUAAGAAACUGGAUUGUGAUGUCAUUGCACAAAUAGUUGGAAUGCGACGACGUUAGAAUAAAUCGGAGCUUAUGAUUACUUAACCCCACCCCAUCGAAAAAAUGUUAAAGUAGUU